UUCUCUCAAGCGGUUAAAUAACUAACUGGGGUAAAGGGGAAAGUCAUUUUUUGGAGGCUGAGGCCAGCGACACGUCAUCAAUCCUGCUGCUGUGAUUGGCUGAGAAGGCGGAUAUUAAUAUGUAGGACAAAGGUUGCGGUGGUUCAGUCUGUUUAUGUGGCUUGUGCAUUAGUAACACAACAAUGCUACUCAACAAGGUUCUCAAAGCCAGUGUGCGGACUGGGCUCCGGCUGCAGAGCUCCAGUGCUGCUGCUGCAUCCAGUGUUGCAGGAUCCCACAGCACAGCUUCCAAUGGCUACUCCUUUGAGAUGACGGAUCAGCAGAAGGAGUUCCAACAGCUGGCGAGAAAGUUUGCACGUGAAGAGAUCCUCCCUGCUGCAGCUGCUUAUGACCGGAGUGGUGAAUAUCCUGUCCCCAUCAUCAAGAAAGCCUGGGAGCUUGGUCUAAUGAACGGCCACAUUCCACAGGAAUAUGGUGGAAUGGGCUUGUCCAUCUUUGACAACUGUCUCAUCACAGAAGAGUUGGCUUACGGCUGCACAGGAGUACAGACUGCUAUCGAGGCAAACUCUCUAGGACAAAUGCCUGUUAUUUUAGCCGGCAGUGACGCACAGAAGAGGAAAUACCUAGGAAGGAUGACUGAAGAGGCUCUUAUGUGUGCGUACUGUGUGACAGAGCCCGGCGCGGGCUCUGAUGUGGCCGGCCUCAAGACCCGGGCUGUGAAGAUGGGUGAUGAGUAUGUCGUUAAUGGGCAGAAGAUGUGGAUCACCAAUGGUGGGAAAGCCAACUGGUACUUCCUCCUAGCCCGCACUAACCCGGAUCCUAAAUGUCCGACCAGCAAGGCUUUUACUGGCUUCAUUGUGGAGGCUGACACUCCAGGAAUUCAAUUAGGAAGGAAGGAGAUGAACAUGGGCCAGAGGUGCUCUGAUACCAGAGGCAUCACCUUUGAGGAUGUGAGAAUACCAAAGGAGAACGUCCUGAUCGCAGAGGGAUCUGGCUUCAAAAUUGCCAUGGGCGCCUUUGACAACACUCGUCCACCGGUGGCAGCAGGAGCGACAGGCCUGGCGCAGAGGGCCCUUGAUGAAGCUACCAAUUAUGCACUUGAGAGGAAGACCUUUGGCAAAGUUAUAGCUGAGCACCAGGCCGUGUCCUUCCUCCUAGCUGAGAUGGCGAUGAAGGUGGAGCUGGCCAGGAUGGCGUACCAGCGGUCUGCCUGGGAAGUAGACCAGGGCCGCAGAAACACUUAUUACGCCUCCAUCGCCAAGGCCUUCGCUGGAGACAUCGCCAACCAGGUGGCCAGCGAUGCAGUUCAGAUAUUUGGAGGCAACGGCUUCAACAGCGAAUACCCGGUGGAGAAACUGAUGAGAGAUGCCAAGAUCUACCAGAUCUACGAGGGCACUGCUCAAAUCCAAAGACUCAUUAUUUCCCGAGAACACCUGGGAAGAUAUAAGAAAUGAACUCCGCGCACCUGACUUGUCCUCA